UUUAUUUCUAAAGAGAAGCCAGACAACAACGCUUGGCUUUACGCAUCGUGAACCUUAAGCCACUAAAUAAAUGUUCAUUUAUACAGCACCGCAUAUAGGACCACUCAUAAGUACAAGGUCGCGGUCACCAUUUGUGAACAAUACUUGCUAGUUUAAAACGGAUUUUACUGACAAACUUGCUCUUAGUUUGUCAAUCAAUACAACUCAACAAAUGUUUCAAGGAAGUCCAAACUCCGACUAGGCACAGACCCUAAAACUUCUGUUCUGCAUUUUACCUUCUGCAACUGCCGCAUUGGCCGACAAUACAGUUUGGGAGUAUGAGAGCCCUUGAGUAAUCAAAGCGAUUAUAUUGCACCUCGAUAAACAUAAACACGUAUGAAACACAGAGAUAAUUUUAGGAAACUUCUUGUAGAUGCGCUAACUUGAGGAUGUUAUCUGCAACUUGUAGAUUGAACCAAGUCUAGGACACUUUCGGAUAAUUUGAACAACAAUUUAAUGAUUUUUCAGGUCAAACUCUGCAUACAUCUAGAGUUGGCAAUAUUAAAUCAAGCAGCUGAUUUACUUACAAAUGUUAAUAAACAUAACACGAACCAUUGGCCUAUAGCGUUGACAUGUUUCGACCAUGACAGAUUAAGGCUCUUAUAAAAACAGCUUAAUAUGACCUGAAAAGCAUUCCUCAUUAAAAGCCUAAAAACGUAAAUCUAGUUGGGAGAGACUGGUGCGAAGAAUUGAAUCAUUUACAUCCGAAUCCUUAUGCAAAGAGAAGAAAUUGACAGACUUUGUUAUUGUUUUAAUGAGCUUAUAUGUGGAUAAACAAUGGAAAGCGAAGUACAAAUGCGUCACACUCAUCUUGCAACCAGCCCAUCACGAAACAAAAACUAUGGUUUCACAGAAAAACGAAUGAGUGAGUUCCAAGAAGCAUUCAGCGUAUUUGAUCUUAACAGUGAUGGCGAGAUUUGCGAAGAUGAGCUGACCCGCAUUAUGAUGGCUUUGGGGCUGAGGCCUACCCCUCGCGAGAUCAAGGCUCUCAUUAAAUCAGUAGAUACAGAUAAAAAUGGAAGGAUAGAUUUUGAUGAAUUCGUCACCCUGAUGGCUAACCGGAUGACAAAAGAUCCCGAGAUAGAAUUACAGGAAGUCUUCACCGUUUUUGAUCAGAAUAAAGAUGGAUAUAUCUCGAAGGAGGAGUUAUACGAUGUCCUCUGUAAAUUAGGAGAACACAUUUCAGAGAAUGAUGUGGUAGAGAUGAUUAAAGAAGCAGACCUUAACAAAGAUGGCAAAGUAGAUUUUGAAGGUGGGAAACAUAACAGCAUGAUGUGCUAG